UAUGUAAUAUGCGCUGGCGUUGUCAUUGGUGCCCUUUUCAUAUUUUGUGUGUUAACCGGAACUCUAUAUUCGAAACCACCCCCAGCUAAAAGAUGCACGUAUGGUACUUACAAUAUAGCCAGUGGAUAUGCUGGGCAGACUACUGGAACAUACGAGAAACCUGGCUUAUACUCUCAAUAUGAACAACCUGUUUCAUAUUCUGCAUAUGAUCAACCAGGUUUUUACUCCGCAUAUGAACAACCUGGUUCGUACUAUUGA